AUGAAUCUGGAGGGAGUAGGGGACGAGGUGAGGUGCCGAGCCUUUCCGGUGACCCUGGCGGGGUCCGCGAUCAGGUGGUUUAACGGCCUCCCGCAGGGGUCCAUCUAUGGGUUUUCGGACAUCAGCCGUGCUUUCCUAGCCCAAUUCACAACACGAAUAGCAAAGGCAAAACACCCGAUCAACCUUCUGGGGAUAACCCAGAGACAAGGGGAGCCGAUCAGAAAAUACCUGGACCGGUUCAACGACGAAUGCCUGGAAAUCGAUGGCCUAACCGAUUCGGUGGCCAGUCUUUGUCUGACGAACGACCUCCUCAACGAGAACUUUCGAAAGCACCUUACCACGAAACCAGUUUGGACGAUGCAUGAAAUCCAAACGGUAGCCAAGGAGUACAUAAAUGACGAGGAAGUCAGCCAAGUCGUGGCUGCCAAUAAACGGCACUCUGGCUACAACCAACCUAGGCAGCAAGGUAACGGAGAAAGACAAAAAGAACAAGCCAGGGAAGGAGCGCCGAGCAAGGCACCCAGGCCAUUCCCCCGAGUCGGGAAAUUCACCAACUACACUCUGCUCACUCUUCCCAUCACGGAAGUUUAUCAGCAAAUUACCGAGAAAGGAAUCCUACCGAAGCCUCGACCACUCAAGGACCGUACAGGGGGAAGCAAGAACCUUUAUUGUGACUAUCACAAGGGCUAUGGUCACCAAACACAGGACUGUUUUGACUUGAAAGACGCACUGGAACAAGCGAUAAGGGAGGGUAAGCUAACAGAAUUCUCCCAUCUUAUAAGGGAGCCGAGGAAGCGUCAUCGCGACCAAGACGAAGAAGGGAAAACCCGGUCAACAAAGCGGCGACAGGAGCCAGAAGACAGAGAUCACGGCCUCACCAUGAUAAAUGUGGUGACAGCCAAAAACGCCGCGCCAAGGUCACGAUCGGCGCACAAAAAAGAUGCUAAGGUCUUGGCGGUCUCCUCCUCGCUGGUGCGAAGCUCUAAGAAGCCCCCUUCCAUUUCUUUCGGCCCGGAAGACCAGUGGUUCGACGAGGCCCCUGAAAACCCACCCAUGGUCAUCACGGCCAGAGUGGGAACCGGCCUCGUCAAACGAAUCCUUGUUGACACAGGGGCAGACUUGAAUAUCAUGUUCCGCAACGUGUUUGACGCACUGGUGCUAAGGGACGCCACCUAUCUACUCACCAGCACGGGGUUAUUGGGUUGGGCGACCACUUCAUCAAACCUAAUGGAGUAA